UUUGUUGUGCAUUUUCUGUCAGUUGGGUGUAUUUUGAUAAGGCAUAAGGAAAAUCCGUUUAUAAAAUGUAUUUUCAGUGAUAAAGACUUGUAAUUGGAUUAUGUGGUGUGUCCAUCCCCUGCUUAUAAUAAUAAAUGAAUGAUUAAUGUUCUGAGAAACUUAGCAAAGCUCGGUUUCAUUUAGCCAUUUACGAUGUAGAUCAGCUUUUGUUCAGAUAUUUGCCUCGGAUAAGAAGAAUACAUACAUAUCAGAUACGGGAAAAUGAUACAUUGGAAUAUAGGCAAAUGGAGGAAGUUGUUGAUUUUCUUAAUAAUUAUCGCUUUUCUCCUGGCGACUUGUCAAAUAUUGCAAGGUGAAAAUGGAAAACAACGAUGGACCACAAAAGCGGCACAAAACCACAUUCCGCUGAUAAUUUGGUGGACACCCUUACUUGACGGUGGUUAUGACUCAAAGCGAAUGUGCGAAACGAAUUUUUGUAAAUUCACCACAAAACGGGAUCAACUGAACGAGGCAAAGGCCAUUUUAUUUUAUGGAUCUAAUGUGAAAAUUGGUGACUUCCCUCUUCCACGGCAACCUCAUCAUAUAUGGGCCCUAAUACACGAAGAAUCGCCGCGAAAUGUUCCGUUUAUGCCAUAUAUGGAGUGGCUUCAACAUUUUAAUUUUACGUCGACUUUUAGUCGCCACAGUAAUAUGCCGCUUACGACGUAUUAUUUGACUGACGUAGAUAAUUUAACAAGUCCCACCUAUGUUAUACCCAUUGGAGAAAAAUCAAGACACAAAGACGAAGCUCUGGUACUUUUUAUGCAAUCAGACUGUGAUACUAUGUCCGGACGCGAUGAUUAUGUAAAGGAGUUAAUGAAUUACAUUAAAGUGGAUUCAUACGGCACGUGUCUAAAGAAUCGCAAGUUGCCUCCCAGUCUGCAGAAAAUUCAACAUGACUACCUAAAUAAUCUAUACUCUCCCGAACUGUUAAAAUUCAUGGCACGCUAUAAGUUUAUAAUGUCGUAUGAAAAUGGUGUUUGCGAAGAUUACAUAACGGAGAAAUUUUGGAGACCCCUUAUUGCAGGAGCCAUACCGAUUUAUUUUGGCUCGCCUUCAAUAAAGGAUUGGUCUCCAAACGAAAAAUCAUUUAUAAAUGUGCGAGAUUUUAAGAGUCCGGAAUCAUUAGCCAUUUACCUAAAGGAAUUGGAUUCACACGACAAAGCAUACAAUUCCUAUUUAAAUCAUAAGUACAAUAUGCUUCAGCCAAUUUCUAACAAGCGGCUAUUGGACGAGCUCAAUUCGCGUAAAGCAGCAAUGUACAAUGGUGAUAUAUUUCAAAGCUUUGAAUGCGCCGUCUGCUCAUACGUUCAUGAACAGACAAAACAAGCAAAACGUCAAAUGGCGUCAGAACUGCCUUACCAAUGUUCGCAUGAGCCCGUGUACCCAUCUAUGUAUGCUAAAGUUUCAAACUAUGAGGAUUGGUAUUCAAUAAUGUCCGUAGGCAAAUGCAAAGCUAUUAUACUAGACAAUUUGUUUAAACGCAACAAGAAUUUUUCAGACGCGGAAUUUAUGAAAAUGUUAAAUAAAGAUCUAUCUCUUGGUAAAUGUUGAAUAUAAUACAAACAUAUCUAAUUAAAAUUGAA